AUGCUCACGGUUAAUGAAUCAACAAUCGCCCAUACAACCGGACUGAAUAUCAACUAUCUUAAGCUGGCCUUGUUGCACUAUUUCAGAAUUUACUCAACGAUGAAAGCUACUAUUCUUAUUCUCACCUUUCUGUCUGUCUUGGGGGCUCUUGCAAACCCCCUCGACAAGAGAGCAGACCGCGGGUCUGAGACUGUCUCCGGUAUUGGCUCGCGCAAGCAAUCCAUUCUGAAUGCUGGCGGUAAUACUCUGGACCUUGCUAUCGCCAUGCUUGAAACGUAA